UGCCCACUCCGCCCUCCGCUGCUGAGCAGUUUCUGGCGCCAUUUCCCCCCCAAGACCGCGCCCGCCGUUUUCAGCAGCCCCAAUCACGCCGUCCGUCGUCAUUUUUCCUUCAACUACCGCCUGUCUGCCCACCUGUGUGCCUCCCAUAAAUAAUCCUCUCUGCAUUCGCCCGCCCCGUCCUCCACCUCUCUUAUAUUCCACUCUCAGCUGCCUUCGGACCCUUCUGAACCUUCUGACCUUUGCCACCAGCAUAUAUCUCUCUGCCAAUAUCAGUCUUGAACAAACAGUUGCACAGCGUGGGAUAGGUUUCCCUCCAGCCUUCAGAACAAUAUGCCUCACGCCGAACACACCAAUGGCGACAGCCAUGACGACGCUCCCUUGACCAACGGCGACAAGCCACACUCCAAGGUCCUCUCGCAUCUCUCCACCUACCCGGUCUUGAACGACACCUACAGCGCCUACAAAUCCCACCCAUACGGCCAGAAAUCGCUCUCGCUCGCCCACCAAACUUACGUUCGCUUCAUUGCUCCUCUGCACCCUUACCUACAGACGCCCUACUCGUACGUCUCGCCUUACUUGACGCGCGCCGAUGAGCUCGGCGACACGGGCCUGAGCAAGGUCGACUCGCGCUUCCCCAUUGUCAAGGAAGACACGAGCAAGCUCAAGGAGACCGUCAUCAACUACGUACACGUGCCGCUGCAGCUGGUGGGCCAGGGCAAGGACUACUUGUUCUCCACCUUCAAGGACGAGUACAGCAAGACUAAUGGCGACGACGGCGUUGUCAAGAACAUCAAGGCCCUCGUCAGUACCGAGCUCAAGAUUGGCCAGGACGGCUACCAAAUUGCUCGGUCCUACCUUGGCAAGGGCAAGAAGGAGGUCAACAAGAAGGUGAAUUAGAGCACCCAUGACGGGAUGGUGUAGAGGCAGUUGAAGUGAGUUAGUGGGUGGGCGAGGGGUGAGAUUCUCUUCAUGUACUCUUUCCGU